AAAUCAACCACAAAAUCGCAAUCAAAAUCAAAAAUCGAAUCAAAAUCGAACAAAAACUUCAUCAAUCGAAUCGGAUCGUAUCAAAUCGAAUCUCUGCCUAUCAAUCAAAAUCCAAAAUUUCAAUUCAAAAACAAUGCAAGCAAAAUCACAAAAUUUCCAUAUGCGAAAUACCCCACACAAGUUAAGGAAAUGUGUGAGCAGCAAUCAAGAAGCAAAAGACAAACAACAAUAAAAAACAAAACUAACAACAACAAUAAAAUCGAAUAAAAACGAACAAAGAAAAGUGCAACGACAACAAAAAUGCGAAAAUAGCGAAAAAGGAAUAUAACUGUAAUAAAAAAAAAGAAACAAAAGGAAAAAUCAAAAAUCAAAAAUAUCAAAUCAGCGAUAACAAGUGUCGUCAGUUAAUCGUCAGUGGUUGCAUCGGUUGCAUCGAUAACCGAUAACCGAUAGGCACACACACACACACACCUACACACAUAGACACAUACACAAACAAAUCAAAAUGGAUUCGCUGGAGCGUCUAAUGCGAGCCGCCCCCUUGCCCCGCAUGCUGACAAGCGGCGUUGUGGCCACAGCCGCCGCUGCCGCUGCCAGCGCCGCUGCCGGCGUCAAGGGCGUCGUUGGCGUUGGCAUCGCCGGCAGCAUGGCGGCAGGUCAGCAACAGCACCAACAGCAGCAGCGUGCCCUCGUCCACGCCUCGCUGGCGGCGGCGACAGUGGGACGCAAGGGACGACAUUUGACCGGCACAUUUUGCCUCACCGGCGACACCAUGGAGGGCAUCAUACAGUGUUUGGUAUUUCUCAAAGCAUUCUCGCUGGUCGGCGGUGAAUUCGAUAUGGAAUUGAAUUUUGUGAUACAGGAUGCGCAGAAUAUUAAACAUAUGCUCGAGCUGCUGGAUCAUUGUCCGCCCAAUUUGCAGGCUGAGAUCUGGAGCGUGUUUAUUGCGAUUCUGCGAAAGAGCGUUCGCAAUCUGCAAGCGUGCACAGACGUUGGACUCAUCGAGCAUGUGCUCGUCCGCCUGCAACGCUCCGAGACCGUUGUGGCAGAUUUGCUCAUCGAGAUGCUGGGCGUAUUGGCGAGCUACAGCAUAACGGUUAAGGAGCUCAAACUGCUCUUUGGCACGAUGAAGGCCAACAAUGGCAAAUGGCCGCGUCAUUCGGCCAAAUUGUUGAAUGUGCUGAGGCAAAUGCCGCAUCGCAAUGGACCGGAUGUGUUCUUCAGUUUCCCUGGACGCAAGGGAUCGGCAAUGGUUCUGCCACCGCUGGCCAAGUGGCCCUAUGAGAAUGGAUUUACCUUCACCACCUGGUUUCGAUUGGAUCCAAUUAAUUCGGUGAACAUUGAGCGCGAGAAACCGUAUCUCUACUGCUUCAAGACAUCGAAGGGCGUCGGUUACACGGCUCACUUUGUGGGCAACUGUCUCGUUCUCACAUCCAUGAAGGUCAAGGGCAAGGGCUUUCAGCAUUGUGUCAAAUAUGAAUUCCAGCCCCGCAAGUGGUAUAUGAUUGCCAUAGUGUAUAUAUACAAUCGUUGGACGAAGAGCGAAAUCAAGUGCCUCGUGAAUGGACAGCUGGCGUCGUCAACCGAAAUGGCCUGGUUUGUUUCCACAAACGAUCCCUUUGACAAGUGCUACAUUGGCGCCACGCCGGAAUUGGACGAGGAGCGCGUCUUCUGUGGCCAAAUGUCGGCAAUUUAUUUGUUCAGCGAGGCGCUGACAACGCAACAGAUCUGCGCCAUGCAUCGCCUGGGGCCGGGCUACAAGUCGCAAUUCCGCUUCGAUAACGAGUGCUAUCUCAAUCUGCCGGACAAUCACAAGCGGGUGAGUCACUUUCAACUAACAACGAGUUUGGGCGGUGCCGGCAGCCUCGACAUCGCUGCCCCAAUCGGUGGCAGUGGCAGCAACAGCAACAACAAUGCUGCCUCUGGCAACACAACGGCAUCGCAGCAGACACAGCAGCAACAGCUGCAGCAGCAGCAACAGUUGCAGCUGCAAUUGCAAUUCCAAACACUUGCCGCCGAGCAAGAGGCACGUGCCAUCGAUUGGUCCGAUGAGCGACUCGAUUUGAGUGCCGCAUUCGUCAAAAUUCGCGCUGUGCUCAUCGCACGCAAUGCGGUGGCAUUGGCUGCCGUCACGGGAGCAACUGCAGCUGCUGCUGCUGCUGCAACCACAGCGGCGGCAACAGCAGCCACAACAGCAGCUGCCAAAGGCGAGGCAACAACAUCAGCAGCGGUAGCAGCAGCAGCUGCCACGCCUACAACGCCCACCGAUCAGCAGGCAGCGAGUGGCAACCACAACAACAACAACAACAGCAACACUUCGACGGAUGAUCCGCUUGGCCAUUUGCCAACUGGAAAUGCUUCUUUUGAGCAACUGCGUCGCAUGUCCAGUGUGACCAGCCUGAGUUCCCUGGGCGCCAGCGCCGCCGACACUGAGGAAAUUAACCAGCUAAAAGCUGUGCUGUACGAUGGCAAACUAUCGAAUGCCAUUGUCUUCAUGUACAAUCCAGUGGCAACCGAUGGUCAACUCUGUUUGCAGUCUUCCCCCAAAGGAAAUGUUUCAUAUUUUGUACACACGCCGCACGCACUGAUGCUGCAGGAUGUCAAGGCUGUGGUCACGCAUUCGAUACACUGCACCCUCAACUCGAUUGGCGGCAUUCAGGUGCUGUUUCCGCUCUUCUCACAGCUGGACAUGGCGCACGAGGGCAUCAGCGACAUCAAACGAGAUCCGACGCUCUGCUCGAAGCUGUUGGGAUUCAUCUGUGAGCUGGUGGAGACAUCGCAGACGGUACAACAGCACAUGAUACAGAAUCGUGGCUUUCUGGUGAUAUCCUUUAUGCUGCAGCGAUCGUCACGCGAGCAUCUGACCCUCGAGGUCCUUGGAUCGUUUCUCAAUCUGACCAAAUAUCUGGUCACGUGCCUCUCGGCCAACAGUGAUUUGCUGCUGAAGCAGCUGCUCGAUCAUGUGCUCUUCAAUCCGGCCUUGUGGAUCUAUACGCCAGCCAAUGUCCAGGCCCGUCUCUAUUCCUAUCUGGCCACCGAGUUUCUCAGCGAUACACAGAUCUAUAGCAAUGUGCGACGAGUCAGCACCGUUCUCCAAACGGUUCACACUCUCAAGUAUUACUAUUGGGUCGUCAAUCCACGCGCCAAGAGCGGCAUCAUUCCCAAGGGUUUGGAUGGACCGCGACCGGCUCAGAAGGAUAUUCUGGCCAUACGCGCCUAUAUUCUGCUCUUCCUCAAGCAGCUGAUCAUGAUCGGCAAUGGAGUCAAGGAGGAUGAAUUGCAAAGCAUACUCAACUAUCUGACCACCAUGCAUGAGGACGAGAACCUGCACGAUGUGCUGCAAAUGCUCAUCUCAUUAAUGUCGGAGCACCCGAGCUCCAUGGUACCUGCAUUCGAUGUGAAGCACGGUGUGCGCAGCAUCUUCAAGCUGCUGGCGGCCGAAAGUCAAUUGAUUCGCCUCCAGGCCCUCAAGCUGCUCGGCUUUUUCCUCUCUCGCAGCACACACAAGCGUAAGUACGAUGUCAUGUCGCCGCACAAUUUGUACACACUGCUGGCGGAGCGACUGCUGUUGUAUGAGGAGUCGCUGUCCCUGCCCACAUACAAUGUGCUCUACGAGAUUAUGACGGAGCACAUAUCACAGCAGAUACUCUACACACGUCAUCCGGAGCCCGAGAGUCAUUAUCGCCUCGAGAAUCCAAUGAUACUGAAAGUGGUCGCCACGCUGAUACGACAAUCGAAGCAGACCGAAUCCCUCAUCGAGGUGAAGAAGCUCUUCCUGCAGGACAUGACGCUGCUGUGCAACAGCAAUCGCGAGAAUCGUCGCACCGUCCUCCAGAUGUCCGUGUGGCAAGAGUGGCUCAUUGCCAUGGCCUACAUCCACCCGAAGAACACCGAGGAGCAAAAGAUUAGCGACAUGGUCUACUCGCUGUUCCGCAUGCUGCUGCAUCAUGCCAUCAAGCAUGAGUACGGCGGCUGGCGAGUCUGGGUCGACACUUUGGCCAUUGUGCACUCGAAGGUCUCCUACGAGGAGUUCAAACUGCAGUUUGCCCAAAUGUACGAACACUACGAGCGUCAGCGUACCGACAACAUCACCGAUCCAGCACUGCGUCAGGCACGUCCCAUUAGCACAAUCAGCGGCUGGGAGCGUGAGGAGCUGCAGCAACAGCAAAACGGACCCGUUCCAGCUGUGCAACAGCAACAGCAGCAACAACAGCCACAACAGCAACAGGUGCCGGCUAUUAAGGGCGCUGUGUCGAUAGCCUCGCUGGAGGAUGUGCCACCCGUCCAGGAGGAGGAGGCCGAGGAACUGGAGCUGGAGAGCAUCGAUGUGGAGCCACAGCAACUGCAACUGCCCAGCGAUGUGACCAGCGAGUCCUGCGAGUCGUGUGCAGCCAAUGGAGAGACAACCACAGAGACAACAGCUGUACCUGCGUCAGCUGCUACUCCCUCGGUCAGUGGAGAGUCGGAGCCGGGUAAUAAGUCGGUGAUUGCAAACAUCUCGGAUGUGUACAACGAGCAAAUCAAAACGGAUGAAGCACUGCAGGCGACACCAGCGAAUGCCAACUGCAAUGGCAGCCUUAGUCCCAGUCCCGAGGACAAGCCAGAGCAGCCGAUUGGAGGUCAGGCAGCGCUCAAGGAGACGCUGCAGCUGGGCGAUGAUCUCGAAGAGUUGGAGCUGGCCACCGCCAAGGAUGCGCUCGAUGUGGAGCAGCAUGUGGCGAGUGUGCUGCAAGCCUCCGAAGCGGCAUUGAAUGACUGUAAAAUGGUCGUGGAUGAUGUGCUGCAAGAGUCAUCGUCGGUGCUCAAGGACGAGGAGAUCGAGCUGGCCGUCAAUGAAGUGGUCCAGGGUGUCCUCAAGAGCGAGAAGAAGACCGCCCAGGACAAUGUAAGUCUGUUGAACAGCAAGAACCUGCUGAACAACAACAACAAUCCCAGCGAGCAAGAACAGUCACAGCAACAGCAGCAACCGGAAACCGAGGUGAAUGCCAAUGAAGUUGGCAGCGAACAGCAGCCAAGUCUGGGCACUACGACAACAACGACGACAACGACGACGACGACGAAGGAAAUGGAUUCCGAGUCGGAGAAGAAACCCGAAGCAGAGACAAAGACGGAGACGAAGACGUCGAACACAGCCGCAGCAGCAACCAAUCAAAAGACUGAAGAUGCCGAGGCCAACAAGCUGAACAACAACGAGAAGCUCACGGCCAGCCAGCCAGAGACAACGCCAGCUCCCGUUGAGCUGGAGCUGAGCUCAUCGCUGAGCACAACCAUUGAGAGCAGCAGCGAUGAAUUGACAGCCUGCCUAACUCCCGAAAGUCCCGAGGAAGGUUCCAUCGAACCGCAGCCCGAGCUCGAUGAGCAGCCCGAGGAUGUGGUUGCCACAGCAGUGCGUGACAUUGUUGAGCAGCUGAUUGACAAGGUCAUCGAUGCUGCCGAGAAGGAAGCCAAACAGGACACUACAAGCGAAAACGAGAAAGAGACCGUAAAGGAAACGGAAACCAACAACAACGAGUUGCCACAGAAAGAAGCCGAAACGCAGCCAGAAAAGACAGAAACAACAGAAAAGACAACAGCAGAAACAAAGACAGAAACAGUUGUUGAGAUAAAGACAGCAACAGCAGCAGCAACAGAGACAGCGACAGCGACAGUUGCAGAUACAACUUCAGAGUCCAAGGACAAGUCGGAGUUAGUUGAGGACUUGAAGCAGUCGCCAAAGUCAGAGCUAGAACCAGAACCAGAACAAGAGAGCGUUGCUGAGGCAGCCAAAGAAAUUAUACAAGAAGUCGUUGAGGCGGCUCUGGACUUGGCUCAAUCGCCUGUUGCAGCCACGGCAGAGUCCUCUCCCAUCCCUGAGCCAGCUGAGCAACCGGCUCAAGUCCCAGCUGAAACUGCGUCCGCUCCGGCUGCAGUUGCAGUCGCCGAGGUGGAGAGCAAGGAGCUUGUGUCGGAAAUAGUGAACGAUGUGCUCGACACGUUGGUCGAUGAAACCAUUCAGGCUGUGGCCGUCGCCUCCGAGCAGACCACACAGACCACGCCCACUCCCGAGGAUCAACCGGAGGUCAUUGAGGUAGCGACAGCAGCAGCUGGAGCAGCUGCUGUGCGGGUUAAGCCCACCGAGGUGGACUCCACAACGCAGACGACACCAAAGAACGAGGCCGAUGCACACAAGGCGCUCGAGGAGCUCCAGGACGUCGACGAGGACGUUCACGAUGUGCAGGGCACAGUCGAUGACGAGGACUACGCCGUGCAGACGCCACAGGCAACAGCUGCAGCUGUGGCCAACGAGGGAGCCACGCAGCUCGAGGGUAAUCACUACGCUGGUGGUGCUCCAGUUGGUGCUGGCGCCGAGGCUGGCAAACAGCAGCGCUCCAAGUCCGGCUCAACGCGACCAAUGUUCAGUCCGGGUCCCACACGUCCGCCGUUCCGCAUACCGGAAUUCAAGUGGUCCUACAUCCAUCAGCGACUGCUCAGCGAUGUGCUCUUCUCCCUGGAGACGGACAUUCAGGUGUGGCGCAGCCACUCCACCAAGAGUGUCCUUGACUUUGUCAACUCCAGCGAGAAUGCCAUCUUUGUGGUGAACACUGUGCAUCUGAUAUCACAGCUGGCCGACAAUCUAAUCAUUGCUUGCGGUGGUCUAUUACCGCUGCUUGCCAGCGCCACAUCCCCCCAACGUAAGUUUCCCCACCACACUCCCGCUCCCUUCCCUUCGCUUAUUAACUGUCUCUUUUCCUUUUCAACACUGCAGUCGGAACUCGAUGUGCUGGAGCCCACACAGGGCAUGCCCCUUGAGGUGGCCGUCUCGUUUCUCCAGCGACUCGUCAACAUGGCCGAUGUGCUCAUCUUUGCCACCUCGCUGAACUUUGGCGAACUUGAGGCCGAGAAGAACAUGUCCAGCGGCGGCAUCCUGCGCCAAUGCCUGCGUCUCGUCUGCACCUGCGCCGUGCGCAACUGUCUCGAGUGCAAGGAGCGCACUCGCUACAAUGUUGGCGCCCUGGCUCGCGACGUUCCUGGCGCCGCACACCUCCAGGCGCUUAUUCGUGGCGCCCAGGCAUCCCCAAAGAACAUUGUGGAGUCUAUUACCGGUCAAUUAUCUCCCGUCAAGGAUCCUGAGAAGUUGCUGCAGGACAUGGACGUCAAUCGAUUGCGCGCCGUCAUCUAUCGCGAUGUGGAGGAAACAAAACAGGCGCAGUUCCUAUCGCUGGCCAUCGUCUACUUCAUAUCGGUGCUGAUGGUAUCGAAAUAUCGCGACAUAUUGGAGCCACCAGCAGAGCCGCAAAUACAGCGUCAAUCACCAGUGCUGCAGCGCAGUUCCGCAAGCGAUGCUGCCAGUGCGCGUCCCUUGUUCCCACAAUGGUCGCAUCACGUCUAUCCGCAAUUUCUGCCCGAAUCGCAUCAGAAUCACGUUGCCGCCGCCUCCAUGCAACAGCAGCAGCAACAGCAGCAACAACAACAGCAGCAACACUACUAUCAGCAGCAACAGCAACAGCAACAACAUCAGCAGCAGCAGCAGCAACAGCAACACAAUCACAGUCAUCAUCAUAUGGCUGCUGCCUACUAUCAGCAUCAGCAUCAGCAACAUGUCAACGCACAGCAGCAGCAACAGCAGCAGCAGCAGCAGCAACAACAGCUGGGUGGCAACAUUUCACCACCGCCACCAAUGGGCACACACUCGACAAGUUCGUCGGCCAGCUCGACAGCCACAUCGCAGCCAGCUUCGAGCUCAUCGCUGUCGUCGCUCGCCUCGCAGAGUCAGCAACAGUUGCCGUCAACAGCAACACUACAGCGUCAGCAACAGCUGCACAAGCAUCAACAGCAACAGCAACAGCAACACUAUCAUCCACAUCAGCCGCACUAUGCGCUAAUCAACGGCCAUCAGCAACAGCAGCAGCAACAGUUGCACAAUGGCGGCAAGCACAGUCACUAUGAGAAUGGCAGCAACACUGCUGCUGGCUAUCAUCAUCAGCAUCCACAUGCGGGCUACAUGCGCAGCAUGGCACUCAACGGUGAACAGCAGCAGCAGCAGCAGCAGCCACAGAAUGGUCUUGGCCAGGAACAGCAGCAACAUCAUCAUGCUGCUGCUGCUGCUGCUGCUGCUGGUGUUGGUGGCCUGCUUAAUGGUCAUGCCAGCAGCAAUGGCAGCAACAACAAUGGCAACAUCAUUAGCAGCAGCAACAACAGCAAUGUCAAUGGCAGCAACAACAACAUGCGCAACUUACGCAAUGGACACGCGGCAGCAGCCACAGCGAACGCAACGGCGGCAACACAAGCAGCGGCUGCUGCGGCUGCUGCUGCUGCUGCCGCUGGCGGAGCUGGAGGCGGUGGCGGAGGCGGAGGCGGAAGUGGAGGCGGAGGUUGCCUGGCCAUGAAUAUGGGCAUGGCCAUGGGCGUGGGAUUGCACGAUGGAGGCGCUGCUGUCGCCGCGUAUAAAACGAAUGCCAUCAAUAACAAUUAUCGCUACAAUGGACGCAAUGCUGGCCCCGGAACAGGCGGCCGUCAAAUCCAGGAUAGUGAUUAUGAGAUUAUCGUUGUCGAUGAGAACAAUCCCUCCGUGUUGGCGGACAACGAUUCCCACUCAAGUGGUCCACCCUCUAUUAAGGCUCAUAACAACAACAACAACAACAACACUAAGACUACAACAGUAACAACAACAACAACAACUACAACUGCAACUGCGACAACAACUGUAAAAUCAACAACAACAACAACAAGCAAAGAUACUAUCAAAAUUCAACAACAACCAUUGUCACCACCAAAGCCAAUGGUCCCACUCAAGUUGCCAAAGAGCGUCGACUCGGAUGUGGGCUCCUUGAACAUGAACUCAACGGAGAACGAAGUGGUCGAGGUGGAGUCAUCCAGCGACAUUCUCGCCGACGAGCACAAACCGAGCAACUCCAACGACGAGAGCUGGACGGAUGUGAACCUGAACGAAGAUGCCGCUGUGCAAGCGGCCGCAAGUGCCGGACUCGUGGUGGGACUUGUCGAUGGCAGCAAUGCAUCCAACAAACACGAUGUCCAUCAGCAACAUGGCCAGCAACAGCAGCAGCAACAGCAACAGCAGCAGCAACAACAUCAGCAGCAAGGUCCGGGUAUGGGAAUGAUGGGAGGAUCGGAGCGGGGCGAUAAACCCGACUCGGAGAUCUCGGUGGUCCGUGUGCCCGAUGGCUAUGGCGCCGCCGUGUCAGCUGGCAAUGUGAGCGGCGGUGGCGGUAGCGGUGGUAAUAUGCCUGGCAACAAUGCAGCAGGCAAUGGCAGCGGUGCCGUUGGUGUUGGUGUUGGUGGCGGACAACAGCAGCGCAGUCGACCCGACGAGCUGCCAAUGAAGCCGCCAGCUCUCGUUGCCCAGCUGCCGCUGACGACGCCGUCGCGUGAGGCGAGUCUCACCCAAAAGCUGGAGAUUGCCCUCGGUCCCGUCUGUCCGCUGUUGCGUGAAAUCAUGGUCGACUUUGCGCCGUUCCUCUCGAAGACCCUCGUCGGAUCGCAUGGCCAGGAGCUGCUGAUGGAGGGCAAGGGUCUGACGACGUUCAAGAACUCGCAUUCGGUGGUCGAGCUGGUGAUGUUGCUGUGCUCCCAGGAGUGGCAGAACAGUCUGCAGAAGCACGCGGGUCUCGCCUUCAUCGAGCUGAUCAACGAGGGACGUCUGCUCUCGCAUGCGAUGAAGGAUCACAUUGUGCGCGUGGCCAACGAGGCGGAAUUCAUACUGAAUCGCAUGCGGGCCGAUGAUGUGCUCAAGCACGCUGACUUUGAGUCACAGUGCGCCCAAACGUUGCUCGAGCGACGCGAGGAGGAGCGCAUGUGCGAUCACCUGAUCACUGCGGCUAGGCGUAGGGAUAAUGUGAUUGCCAGCCGGUUGCUGGAGAAGGUCAGGAAUAUAAUGUGCAAUCGCCAUGGGGCUUGGGGCGAGGCCAAUGGCAGUACUGGAAAUAGUAAUGGCUCGGUAAUGGGUUCGCAGUUGACCCUACACAAGAGCACCUACUGGAAGCUGGAUGCGUGGGAGGACGAUGCUCGUCGACGCAAGCGCAUGGUGCAGAAUCCCCGCGGAUCUUCGCAUCCCCAGGCCACGUUGAAGGCGGCGCUGGAGAACGGCGGACCCGAGGACGCCAUCCUGCAGACUCGUGAUGAGUUCCACACUCAGAUCGCUGUGUCGCGCGCUCAUCCCUCGUCGCAGCACAACAGCGAGCUGCUCGACGAUGCCGAGCUCCUCAUCGAGGAUCGGGAAUUGGAUCUGGAUCUGACGGGACCCGUCAACAUCAGCACCAAGGCGCGUCUGAUAGCGCCUGGACUUGUGGCGCCGGGCACUGUGUCGAUAACGAGCACCGAGAUGUUCUUUGAGGUCGAUGAGGAUCAUCCGGAGUUCCAUAAGAUCGAUGCCGAGGUGCUGAAGUAUUGCGAUCAUCUGCAUGGCAAAUGGUAUUUCUCUGAGGUGCGUGCGAUCUUCUCGCGUCGCUAUCUGCUGCAGAACGUGGCCCUCGAGAUCUUCUUGGCCAGCCGCACCUCGAUACUGUUCGCCUUCCCCGAUCAGCAUACGGUGAAGAAGGUGAUCAAGGCACUGCCUCGCGUCGGCGUCGGCAUCAAGUACGGCAUACCGCAGACGCGUCGCGCCUCGAUGAUGUCCCCUCGGCAGCUGAUGCGCAACUCGAACAUGACCCAGAAGUGGCAGCGUCGCGAAAUCUCCAAUUUCGAGUACUUGAUGUUCCUCAACACGAUCGCCGGUCGCACUUACAACGAUCUGAAUCAGUAUCCCAUCUUCCCCUGGGUGCUGACCAACUACGACUCGAAGGACCUGGACCUCAGUCUGCCGUCGAACUAUCGCGAUCUCUCGAAACCGAUUGGCGCUCUGAAUCCGUCGAGGCGCGCUUACUUCGAGGAACGCUACGAGAGCUGGGACAGCGAUACCAUACCACCAUUCCACUAUGGCACACACUAUUCGACGGCGGCCUUCACCCUCAACUGGUUGGUGCGCGUCGAACCGUUUACGACCAUGUUCCUGGCCCUGCAGGGUGGCAAAUUCGAUUAUCCGGAUCGGCUGUUCUCCUCCGUCUCGCUGAGCUGGAAGAAUUGCCAACGCGACACAUCCGAUGUGAAGGAACUGAUACCCGAAUGGUAUUUCCUGCCCGAGAUGUUCUACAACGCGUCCGGCUAUCGGUUGGGACAUCGCGAGGAUGGCGCUCUCGUUGAUGACAUUGAGCUGCCGCCGUGGGCGAAAAGUCCGGAGGAAUUUGUGCGCAUCAAUCGCAUGGCACUCGAAUCGGAGUUUGUCAGCUGCCAGCUGCAUCAGUGGAUCGAUCUGAUAUUCGGUUACAAGCAGCGCGGUCCCGAAGCCAUUAGGGCCACCAACGUGUUCUAUUACCUCACCUACGAGGGCAGCGUCGAUCUCGACGGUGUCCUGGAUCCGGUGAUGCGUGAAGCGGUCGAGAAUCAAAUCCGUAACUUUGGCCAAACACCCAGCCAACUGUUGAUGGAGCCGCAUCCGCCGCGCAGCUCGGCGAUGCAUCUGUCCCCGAUGAUGUUCAGCGCAAUGCCCGAGGAUCUGUGCCAGAUGCUCAAGUUCUAUCAGAACUCGCCGGUCAUUCACAUCUCGGCGAACACGUAUCCGCAGCUGUCGCUGCCCUCAGUGGUCACGGUGACGGCGGGACAUCAGUUUGCCGUGAAUCGAUGGAACUGCAAUUAUACCGCAUCCGUCCAGAGCCCGAGCUACGCGGAGUCGCCACAAACGCCGGGCUCCAAUCAACCGCUGACAAUCGAUCCAGUGUUGGCUGUGCAUGGCACCAACAACAAUAGCAAUGCGGUCAGUCGCCGUCAUUUGGGCGAUAACUUUAGCCAGAUGCUGAAAAUACGCUCCAAUUGCUUUGUGACCACCGUCGACAGCCGUUUUCUGAUUGCCUGCGGCUUCUGGGACAACAGUUUCCGUGUGUUUGCCACCGAAACGGCGAAAAUCGUGCAAAUUGUAUUCGGACACUUUGGCGUCGUCACGUGCAUGGCACGCUCCGAGUGCAACAUCACCUCAGACUGUUAUAUUGCCUCCGGUUCGGCUGAUUGCACUGUGCUCCUCUGGCAUUGGAAUGCACGCACCCAAAGCAUUGUCGGCGAGGGCGAUGUGCCGACGCCGCGGGCCACGUUGACGGGUCACGAGCAGGCUGUCACCUCGGUGGUCAUCAGUGCCGAGCUGGGACUCGUUGUCUCUGGCUCAACGAAUGGCCCCGUUUUGAUACACACAACAUUCGGCGACUUGCUGCGCUCGCUGGAUCCGCCUGUUGAUUUCCACUCGCCAGAGUUGAUAACAAUGUCUCGUGAGGGCUUCAUAGUCAUCAACUAUGACAAGGGCAAUGUGGCUGCCUACACGGUCAAUGGCAAGAAGCUGCGCCACGAAACGCACAACGACAAUCUGCAGUGCAUGCUGCUGUCGCGCGAUGGCGAGUAUCUGAUGACAGCUGGCGAUCGCGGCAUUGUCGAAGUGUGGCGCACUUUCAAUCUGGCACCGCUCUACGCCUUCCCCGCCUGCAAUGCGGGCAUACGCUCGCUCUCGCUCACACACGAUCAGAAAUAUUUGCUGGCUGGCUUGUCAACUGGUUCGAUAAUUGUGUUCCACAUUGACUUCAAUCGCUGGCAUCACGAGUAUCAGCAGCGUUACUAGAGAACUCGUCGCUCGCUACUCGCCACUCGCUACUCGCUCGUUCCAUGUCAGUGCAGCAAAAUCAAAAAAAAUGUGUGAGAAACAGAAAGAGAGAAAGAGAGUGCAGGCAAGUAAACGAGCAGAAACAAUGUACUUAACUAAAACCGAUGAAAAGUGAAACAGCAGAAAGAAGAAGAAGAAGAAGAAGAAAUCGCGAGAUAAUGAGAACGAGAACGAAUGAACGUUCGUUGUUCAAUGUUUGUUUGUUUCUUUAUAUGUUUUAAACUUGUUUUUUUUUCCUCUUAUCGAUAGACAUUUACAAAUACUAGGCUAAUAAGCGAAAGAAAGAAAACAAAAACCUAACAAAAUAUAUAUAUAUUUUUUUUGUCUAGCAUUACUUAUGAUAAUAGCAUAUUAAUUAGUACUUGUAUGUUUGGUGUGAGCCAGUCAAAAGAAAAACACUUUUUUUUUUACUAGUUAUACGACGUGUAGUAUAUGUAUUAAGUUACGGACGAAAUGAGAAAAAAUUAAAGAGAAAAGUUCAUGGAAAUUGAUGUCGAAAGAGAAAAUGAGAAAAUGAGAAAAUAACACACACACACAGAAGCAAUUCCCGCGGCUUAAGUUGAGUAGUUUUAAUGCAACAAAAUAAAUAUUGAAUGAGAAGCGACGAGUUAGUGUUUAUAAAACGCAAUAAGCGCAAUAAACUUAAACUGAACAACAAAAAAUAAUACAAAAAUAAUAACAAUUAUGAUAAUAAAAUAAUGCGAGUAUUGCUUACAAAAUUAUGAUGAUACAGAAAAGGUAUUUCUUAUAAUAACAGAAACAGAAACGUAGCAAAAGUUCUCAUCACAAAUUAUAGAUAAACAACCACAAAACGAAACGAAACGAAACGAAACGAAUUGAAGUGAAGAAAAGAGAAACAAAAUGAAACUAAGCGGCCAAAUGAAAGAGAAAGAGAAAGAGAGAAGAAUAAGAAGAAGAAGAAGCCAAUUUUUAACUAUGCUUGCGACAGAUCACAAAAAAAUGGAUGGAGAAGAAAGCUUAGCAAAUAAACAAGUAAAAGACACAGACACCCAAAAGAAGAAGAAGAAGAAGAGACAAUGCCAACGCAAUAAAUGUUAAAUCGAAAAAAAAGAACAGAGAGAAAAGAGAAGAGAAGAGAAGCGAACUCGACUCGAGGUGAAAAGUUAGCGACUAGCGCAGAAUACGCGAUAUUUUAAUAUAAAACAAAUAACAAAAAAACAGAAAAACAGAAAAAAAACAA